AUGAGCGGUGUAUAUGUAACCGAUGGGAAUGGUGACGAAGUCUUAGUCGCCGAUAACAAUCCCGGUGGAGGAGUCAACGUGGUUGACAAUGACUAUGGCGGUGGUGUCAAGGUGGUCGACAAUGACUAUGGCGGUGGAGUCAACGUGGUUGACAAUGAUUAUGGCGGUGGAGUCAACGUUGUUGACAAUGAUUAUGGUGGAGGAGUAAACGUGGUUGACAACGACUAUGGAGGGGGUGUAAAUGUGGUAGACAAUGACUGUGGUGGAGGGGUUCAUGUAGUCGACAAUGAUAGUGGGAACGGGGUACUUGUUGCUGAUAACAAUCCUGUUCAAGUACCAGACAGAUGGCAUUGA